AUGUGCUACUUCGACCAGACGCGCUGGAGCUGCGGCUUCUGGCGCUGGGGACACUUCCGCCAGCAGUGCAACAAGGAGUACCGGAUGGGCGAGACGUGCGGGCUCAAGCUCGUCUACGAGACGCGCGUCGAGCCCGACGUGUGCAAGCUGUGCCACGACACGGAGAAGAAGCAGCGCCGCUACGACAAGAUGUACCGCGAUGUGCAGCGCUGGCAGCGCGAGGGCAACCGCAACGCCACCAUUGAGCGGACGUGCGGCGAGAUGCAGGACGUGCUGGGCCAGAUCUACCGCAUGCGCGAGGAGCACGACCACCGGUUACAAUCCCUCGGCCAGGUGAGUUGA